GGAAACUCGAUAAUGAAAGUGGUCAUAAGAAAAGAAACACAUUACAAGUCUCGGCUUCAGCAUGUCUGCCGGGAGAAUCGGAAUCCUGGUAGCUCUGUCUUCCUUACAGCAGAUUCUAGGCUCCUUAGCUGUGCGGCAGCCCUCCGUGCUACUGUCCCCCCCUCGCAACGUGACGCUGCUGUCGAAGGAUUUCGGCAUGGCUUUGACAUGGCUCCCCGGGGAGGGGUCCCCGCCAGAUGUGCUGUAUACUGUGAGGUACCAAAGACGGGAUCACGUGAAGCAGUGGGAAAAGGUCCGACACUGCAGAAAUAUUUCCCAAACCACCUGCAAUCUGACUUGUGUGUCAGACCCGUACAACAACUUCAGCGCCCGCGUCAAAGCCCUGUCGGCAGGGCGCCAGUCCCCCUGGGUGGAGUCGGGAUUCAUGGAAUAUCAUUUUGAUGUGGAACUGGCUCCCCCAGCACUAGAAGUGAGCAUGACGGAAAGUACAAUCAACGUGAGUGCCGCUUUCCCCCUGGCUUCCUGUGUGGAGAGCACCUUUAUCGAUCUGAAGUAUGACCUGGACUUCUGGGAAGCCGGAACUGAAGACAAGCAGAUGCAGUACUACAACAACAUGAAGUGGGACAAGGUAACAAUCAACACUCGGGAGAUCAGUGGCAAUUACUGCCUGAGUGCCAGGGCUUCUUUCCAAGUAAUCCAACUAAAACACAGCGAGUUCUCCAAGCCGGUGUGUGUGCUGUUAAAGUCCAAAGACAUGGACUGGAAGUUCCUAGUCACCAUUGCAGUCCCAUUGCUCGUCCUGCUUUUCCUUUGCACUGUUGUUGCAUCCAUCCUAUGUCUGUGUAAACAAGCUGCCAAGAGAGUGAAGAGGCCUCAAGCUUUGGAUUUCUCCCAUUUCAGGGCUCCUGUGAAGAUCCUUGAGAAGGAGCCCAGCGAAAAGGAGUUCUUUGAGGAAGACCUCCUCGUCUGCAUGGAGAAGCCAGCAUUGGAAGGGAGAAGGAGUUGUCCUUCAGCAAGGAACCACAUAUCAUUAAAGGCUUCUCUCCUCUCACUCUGGGAGGAAGAGGAAGACGACGACGACAGCAGCAGUUUCAGACCCUACACUGAAAUGCCUCAGUUCCUGAAAAGAGCUCCCAACUGCCAAGCCGCCAGCACGAGUCACCAAAGGCCCAACCCGGGUUCUGAACUGGGCAGCUCCCACCUUGAGGGAGGACCUGUGUCUGACCUAGCAGGGUUAGGGUUCUCUCAGCUUGUUUGGAGAAGGGGCUCGUCUAAGGGGGACACCUCUGGGUUCCAAGACAGUGAGAAAUCCUUCCUUUCUGAGAGUUCCUCCUUGGGAGACUUCUCUCUCUUUGAAGCCCAAUAUCCAGCUACUAAUGGACAUGGGCAGCUUGUCUGCCAAGGAGACACCUUCCUUCAGGUGACUGUGUUGACGGAGGGGCUCAAUGGGAAGCCUCCUGCUUAUGAGCAACGCCUGCCAAUGAGAGGUCCCCAUAACACCAACCAUCAGCGGCAUCCUUAUCCUGACCCAAUAGUGUGUGUUGCACUAGAAGUCAGUCAGGACUCUGACGGCUUCCCUCUUGAGGGGCAGCUUGUUUGCUUCCAGACUUUAAAGCUCGCAGAGGACGAGUGCAUCGCAAGCGACAGCGACAGCGACAGCCUCACCGUGUGCUCGGAAGAAGACCCACCACCCCUGGCCUCGCUAGUAAGCAAGACUUUUGAAGCUGAGACACAGGGGAAAGGUGGCAGCUUGCAGCAAGAGAGCGAUCCAACCUUUAAAUUCCAGGGAUAUCAGCAUGUGCGUUAUAUGUCAAGGAACUGAUGGGAAUAGCAGUCCUGUGGCUGGCCUGGAUCUAGGGAGCUCCGUCCAGGAGGAAAACAAGGACAAGUGUUUGUCAGACCCAAGAUUUAUGCUGCUUGUGCAUUGCCACCCAUGCAAAAUGCUUUCUGCUACUGUUUGUCCUGCCUAGGGCUAGGUCUUCACUCACAGAAAGAGGUGGGUUUUUAUCACGGGGUAUCUAAUGCAUGUUACCUGUCCCGCUGGAAAAACAAGGCACUGUAGUUUUACCAUGAGGUAAGCAAAGUGAGGUCUACCCCAGGCAGGGGUAUGGUGCUAGCAGAACUGGCUCUAGUUUUUGCCGCCCCAAGCAGUGCACCGAAUUGCCGCCAUGGGCGGCGGGGGCAGUCCAUGUGCCUGUAGGGCGGCAGGCACCUUUCCCCGACGGCGGCAAUUCGGCACGCUGCUGGGGGCAAAACAACAGGGACUGCCGGGGCCGCCCAGAGGG